GGAGUACUGCCUGAGUACUAGUUCAUCCGGGUACUUUUGCUGUUUACCUACUGAGGUAUACAUAGCUUGCUGUAUUUAAGUUGGAAUUUAAUGCCGGUAGCAUAUUAUAUAGUGCGAUUUCUAGCUUAAACACUGCUGUUUAGUUUGUUUUAAUUCAGAUUUGUACAUUAGGCAUGGCUGUAGAUUGGCUCGGAUAUGUUUUCGCUGCACUGACAGCAACAGGAGGCAUCAUUGGUUACAUAAAAGCAGGCAGUAUCAUGUCAUUGGUAGGUGGACUAGUCUUUGGGUUUUUGGCAGCACUCGGCUCUCUCCAGGUGUCUCAGAAUCCAAAAAACAUCUGGCUUUCAUUUGGGACGUACGGAACGCUGGCAGUUCUGAUGGGAGUGAGAUUUCUGAGCUCGUGGAAAAUAAUGCCGGCUGGGUUGAUAACAGGAGCAAGUUUAUUCAUGGUUUUGAGAUUAGGACUGGGGUUCCUAUGGCCACGCAAGAUGAGUUGAAAAAAGUAAGAAGAAAAAAAAACCAACAUGGACCAAUGAUCUGCUUGUUUUUCUCUUGACCAUGUUUGUUGGCAAGGGCUGAGCAAUAUAAUGAUAUAAUAUACAUAUCGUGAUGAAUUAUGCCAUUAUUUAUGCCAAGAUAUUCUGGUAUGAUUUUUAAAAAUAAUUAUAAACUCAUUAGACGCAGCUGAAUUUAUGUUAAAAUUUGAACCUUUCCAUUUUUUUCCCCUUUAUUCCUUUAUACAUGUAUUUUUUUUUCAUUGUUCA